AUUAAAAAUAUGGCCUUCGUUUUUUUUUUGAGACAAAAUGUAAAUGUCAAUGCCCAGGAAGCCCAUUCUUUUUUCUCUUAGCCUUCUUCGUUUCACCUUUCACGAUCUAAAGUGGAGAGAUCCGACGUUUCCCUUUUUCAAUUCUCCAAACCCCCAAUUUUCUAGAUGAUUCGUGAAACCCUUUGCUCUUCCCCUUUUCGUUUCCAUUUCACGAUCUGAUCCACACGAUUAAUCAAUACAUCCUCCACAAUUAAUUGAGAUGGCUUCAGGUCCAGAUCCGAACAGCUUUGGUGAUGGUGCGAAGCGGGAUGAAGCUACGACCAAGGUUCCUUCUAAGGAUCCCAAGAAGAAGGAUGAUAAGAAAGAGGAAGAUCUGUCUGAAGAGGACUUGAAACUGAAGCAGAACCUGGAGCUCUAUGUUGAGAGGGUUCAAUACCCUAAUCCUGAACUGCAGAAGGCUGCUCUCGAAAGCAUGAGGCAAGAGAUCCGUGCCUUAACAAGCUCCAUGACGUUGUUAGACCGGAUGCCAAAGAGGUUGUCAUGGCUAGAACUUGGAGGUUCUCAAAGGUUUUGUGGUUAGUGAUGCUACUGAUGUGGAGACGUUGUGUCUACUGGCUGAACUGAAGCACUUGAAGAAGCUGAGAAAGCUAAGCAUUACUAUAAACAAAGGUGGUGAAUUCACUGUUUCUCAGCUGUUUGUGGAUAUUCAGGACUUCUCCAAUCUGGAGAAGUUGAAAGUGGCGUGGGGAGGUAUUAAUGAACACAACAAAGCUGAAUCUACUUCUGGAGCAGUAAAAUAAUUCAUCAGGUCGAUGACACGGCUUCCUCUUAAUAUCCCAGUUACAUAUCCAAAGCCUCACAAGGCUCCAAAGAAGGUAGCCGUUCCAAGCCACCUUCCAGAAAAGUUAAUGAAACUGGACCUGCAGUGUUUUCCUGAUGCUGAACUUCCCUCAUUGCUUGAGCCUGGUAAGCUACGUAUGUUGGAAAAACUCUACAUCAAAAGAGGAACCAAGCUUACAGGCUUUGGGAAGUCAGUGCCUGAGAAGCCAACAGAGUGUAGUGUCAAGGUUUUGCGUCUGAAAUUCCUUCCCAGGCUAAAAGUGGAGUGGAGGGAGCUGAGGGAACUAUACUUUCCAAAACUGGAGUUCUUGGAUAAGUAUCAGAGCCCUCAAGUUAGUUUCUGCCCCUGUGAUGGUAUCGGAAUCUGGCGCGGCAAGUCUAACCAACUCUGAGCUGAGAGUUGCUCAAUUUUCCACAUGUUGUCUAUCCAUUAUGUUUCUGUUGUUGUACGUUUGUUUCCUCAUUUUCCAUUGAUGUCUUCCUUGUGAAUAUAACAAUAUGAUGACACCUACAGUAUUGUAAUAGAAAAACUUUCAGACAAAUU